GAGAUGCAUGGGAUGUAAAGCAGCUCAGGGGCAAAAGUAGUGAAGAUUUGCACAAACUUUGGUAUGUCCUACUGAAGGAAAGAAACAUGCUUUUAACUUUAGAACAAGAAUCAAAGCGACAGCACAGGCCCAUGCCCAGUCCAGAGCGCUUAGAAAAGGUAGCAAAAUCUAUGAAAGGAAUAGAUAUGGUUGUCAGAGAAAGAGAAGAUGCUUUGAGGCUUCUACAAACUGGUCAGGAAAAGCCAGUACCCGGUGAGUGGAGACACGACUUCUUAGGACGCACUUACUGGUAUUCUUUCAAGGAGUGGCCAAUACCAUGGUACUUGAACAAAAAACAUAAAAGGAAGAGAUUCUUUUACUUACCUCAUGUAGAGCGCUUCAUCAGGCUCAGACUUGAAAACAACUUACGUAGAAGGGCAAGAAGGCAAAAUCUAGAGAAGAAGAGGAAGAAACUUUUAGAAAAGAAGUUCCCUCAUCUUGCUGAAGCAUCUCAGAGCCAGUAACGUGCUGGAAGAGCACAGCAGCUGCUUGUUUGACUGUGACUGGAACAUGAAAUGAAAGUUCUGAAGCCAGUGAACAAGUUGACUGAGCUUUCCUGAGAGUU